UUGUUACAAUAAAUAAACCACUGUGGUACUUAGUGCACAGUUUACUUCAGCAAAGCCUGCUCUUCUUUUCUUUCUUAUACAUUUGUUGGUUCUCAUUAUCAACAGUAGAAGCACUUAUCCAAAAGGUUCGAUUCUAAUCAACAGUGUUUCUUAUGUAGUAAGUAGUACAUGUAUAGUCGUAUAAUAGAAAGCAAAAGGGAGAAAAGCAAAAGCAAGGGAAGGAAGGAGGCAGAGUGGAGCGUAAGAAAAAAAGCAAAAGAAGAUGUCUUUCUCAAACACAGAUCCCAAUGGAAUGCAGCAACGAUGCCCGGCAUUUCUUGCUGGAGCUCAUUCUUUUUGUUUACUAGUUUAAAGGGGCUUGCUUUGUUCACCUUGCAAAUCUUUUUAGUGGGAUCUAUAUAUAUAUAUGUGUGUGUGUGUGUGUUAGAUUUUGUUCUACUUAGUUAGUCCACAGCUAGAAAACAAAAACAGAAAAUGAGUUUCAAGAUGGUGGGGAAACAAAAGAAAGGAUAGAGUAUGAUUAGUUUAUUUGUCUCCCAAUGAUUGACUUGCUUUGCUCCAAGAAGAACUAGCUCUGAAUCUCUUUAAAAGUGUCAGGAUUUUUUUUUUUUCAAUUUCAUAGCAACAAAGAUGAAGUCUUUGAGUAAUGAUGACAGUAGCAACAACAACAACCACUGGCUUGGUUUUUCACUUUCCCCUCACAUAAACAGCUUAGAAGGUCCUCUUGCUGACCAACAUCACAAUACUCAACCUGGUUCAAGUGAUGUUCAAAGUUCAGUUCCCAUUAGAUUUUCUCCAACUCAUCUCAACUAUCCCGGCAUGUUUUUUGAAAGUGACAAUGCUGGCCUUUACUCUUCUUUAUCUGCUAUGCCUCUCAAGUCUGAUGGUUCAUUAUGCAUUAUGAAAGGCUUCAACAGGUCACAACCACCACAAGGAAUGGUAAGUUCAACACCAAAACUAGAAGACUUCUUUGGUGAUGCAGCAAUGGGGUCCCAUCACUAUGAAGGUUGUAACAGAGGAGGUAUGGCUCACAGCUUACACAACAUUUACUAUAACCAACAUCAAGAAAAUGAGACCACCAACAGCCAAGAUUUCUUGAACCAUAUUCAAGAAAACACUAGGCAGCAGCAGCAGCAACAACAACACUACCCUGAUUUCUCAGCAUUUAGAGGCCAUGAACUGUAUCAAUCAACUGAGCAGGGGAAAGCAGAGUGCAGCAAUCUUCAGGUUCCAACAAUGACAAAUGAGGAAAUGUCUGGCAUGAAUAACUGGGUGUCAAGAAACUAUCAGAAUCCAACUGGGCAUGCAUUGGAGCAGAAUAUGAUAGGCUGCAUGGCUGAUAAUGGUGCAGAAACUGCGUCUGUUGGUGCAAUGACAUAUGGAGAUUUUAAGUCCCUUAGCUUAUCAAUGAGCCCUGGCUCUCAAUCAAGCUGCAUCACUGGAACACAACAAAUCUCUCCAGCUGUCACAGAGUGUAUUGCCAUGGAAACAAAGAAAAGAGGGCCUGAGAAGGUGAACCAUCAAAAGCAAAUUGUUCAUAGAAAGUCUAUUGAUACAUUUGGCCAAAGAACCUCGCAGUAUCGCGGCGUCACUAGGCAUAGAUGGACCGGUAGAUACGAAGCCCAUCUGUGGGACAACAGUUGUAAGAAGGAAGGACAAAGCAGGAAAGGAAGACAAGUCUAUCUAGGUGGAUAUGACAUGGAAGAUAAAGCUGCUAGAGCAUAUGAUUUAGCAGCACUUAAGUACUGGGGACCCUCCACACACAUUAACUUCCCGUUGGAAAAUUAUCAACAAGAGCUUGAAGAAAUGAAGAAUAUGACAAGGCAAGAAUAUGUAGCUCACUUGAGAAGAAAGAGUAGUGGAUUUUCAAGAGGAGCUUCAAUGUACAGAGGGGUGACAAGACACCAUCAGCACGGAAGAUGGCAAGCUCGUAUAGGCCGUGUGGCCGGGAACAAGGACCUGUAUUUGGGGACAUUUAGCACCCAAGAAGAAGCUGCUGAGGCCUAUGACAUUGCUGCAAUUAAAUUUCGCGGUGUAAAUGCUGUGACAAACUUUGACAUAUCAAGGUACGAUGUGGAGCGUAUAAUGGCUAGUAAUACACUUCUUGCUGGGGAAUUAGCUAGGAGAAACAAGGAUACAGAAACAAGCAAAGAAAUCUGUAAUCAGAACCUUAUUGCAAAUGCAAGUCAUCAUGGUGAAGUUAAUAUCCAAAAUAAAGAGGAAAAUGGAAAUGCAGUAGAUUGGACAAUGACACUUUAUCAGUCUUCCUCUGCUGGAGUUGAUACAAACACAAUGAACUCUACUCCACUACAAGGUCAGAUGGACGAAUCUGCGCGAAUGAAUACUCAUUUGUCAAAUGCUUCUUCGCUAGUAACCAGCCUUGGCAGCUCGCGAGAAGUCAGCCCUACCAAAAACAAUGGUCAUUCUAUGCAUAAUUUCGCGAUGAUGCCUCAAUCUGCACCAAAGCUAAUCCCUACUCCAGCAACUAAUAUCACCUCCUGGAUCUCAUCAGCCCAGUUGAGGCCUAAUGUUCCUGUUUUUGCUGCAUGGACAGAUGCUUAAUGCUAACAUCAUCUAAGUUUCUAUUAGUAGGAAGAAAGAAAUCGAAUUCGAUGUCUCUUUUAUUUGUUUUCUAAGUGCAAGUUGAUGAUAAGUCUUUCGGGGGAAGUAGAAAAUAGUUCCAAAAAAACACCAACUUGUCAACUUCUAGCUAUGAAUGGAUGAAUCAAUGUGUUAAAAUGGUACGAAAUGGUUGACUAUUUAGAAAGAUCCAAUUGAUAAUUAGUGUUAUUCUAUUUGUGGUCCUAUGAAGUA